AAACAGCUGAGUAUCUCGGAGCUGACCAUCGGUUAAACAUCCAAACAUCCGAAAGAUACGAGAUACGUUUCGCACUUCAUCGACUAGAAACGGGUAGCAAUCGGUUACAUGCAAAAGUGCGCCAGUUGAGAUAAAAAAAUGCACGUUCGGAACGAGAAACAAGAGGUCGGAAAUAAUGUUAAAUUAAUAACAAAAUAAUAAAAAAAUAAUACCAAAAAUAAAAAAUCGCACAGUGGCACUCGAACCCGAGCAGUGGAGCAGCAGAAGAGAAAAAAAAAGUGCGGGUGUUUGUUUUUCGCGAAAGUGCACGGAAUUUGGCCAAUCGAUUGGCCAUAAAAAAGCCCCCAAAUAGUGAAGUAAAUGCGGAUAAGUUCGAGUCGUAAUUGGAAGGAAAAGUUGAAUACAAAGUAUAAGUAAGAAGUAAAAAAGAAAUAUAAAAAAAAAAGUGAAAUUAAGUGUUUUUGAAAACAAAACCAAAACCACAACCAUAAAAGCAAAAAAACAUAAACAUGACAUGGCCGCGUCGUCUCGUUUACACAAUAACUCAAAAUUAAUUUAAUAUGCUGGCAAAUGAGCGAGCCGAACCGACAAGCAAGCUAAAAGCCCCUAACUCGCGGAGAGGCUCAUAAACGGCUGCCAUGGCCGCUGCUUCUGCUGGACAGCAACAGCAACAGCAGCAGCAGCAACAUCAGCACCAGCACAAGCUAAACAUUGCUGGCAGUGCUGAGACAGUUGCAAGCGAAAUGCAUCACCAACAGCAGCAGCACCAGCAGAUCAAUAUGUUCAAGCAGCAGCAGCACCAGCAACAUCAAUUUUUCCAUCAACAACAACAGACGAAAUUUGUAUCGCGGGUCGUUACAAGUGCAACAUCGAUGCAGCAUCAGCAACAUCAGCAACAUACGCAACAGAUACUACCAGCUGGCUUGGUAAACGGCAAUGGAAAUGGCAGCGGAAACAUGAUGCAAGCGACGAAUCUGCAACUGCAGCAGCGCACCAGUCAACAGCAUAUAUUUGUCUGCCCCACCAGCAGCCCCCAACUUCUGCAACAACAGCAGCAGCAUCAAGCCAAACAGCGACAGGCGCAAAUAAAGUUGCCAGUUAAAUCGACAACGGCGGCGGCGGCAACUGUUGCUGCCUCCGCCACUGUUGCUAGUGGGGCACACUGCCUGCCGACAACAAUUGCAUCGCGUCAAUUGAGUCAGAACAAUCAGCUCUAUGCCAAGAAUGUUGCCAAAGCUAACAACCCCAUCCCCAGCGGCACUAGCAGCAACAGUAACCAACCUAACAGGAAGUUCAAUACUAGCUAUAAUGGGAAUUUGGCUCCUGGCUGGCGUCGCUUAACCAACAACAAUGAAGUGGCCUACAUCAGCCCCUCGGGCAGGACACUACGCACCCAGUUCCAGAUCAAGGACUAUCUGCUCUCCCAGGGUACCUGCAAGUGCGGCCUGCCGUGUCCGCUGCGACCGGAAUACCUCUUCGACUUUAAUGCCCAGGUGCCCAACAUGCCGCUCAAGUUGCCGGCAGCGGGAGCGGAAUCGCCCGCCACAGCCGCGUCAAUGCCAACACCUUGCCUGCACCAAAGGCGAUUUCUUGAAUCUCAGCAGCAGCCCCAGCACCAGCAGUUGCCCCAGCUAUCACCACAAGAGGAACAGCAACAACAUGGCAUCAAAGAUGUAUCCAUAUCCGUAUCUGGGCCAACAGCUGUCAACGAUGUGUUCCCAACACUGAUGACAUCGACAGCCAGAACGGCGACAACAUCUACGCCUGUCGCAGCAACAGCAGCAACACCCCCGGCUCAAGCCACCACAACCAUUCUUGAAUUGGCCAACAAAGAUGCUGAUUGCCCCAAAUACGGCAAUAACAAAUUACCUGUCCGAACCACGCCCACGGCGACGUCUACGCCUACGCCCGCGUCCAUGGUUCCGACUGUGAUGCCAACUAGUCAGCCAGCAGCUGGGGGAGGAGUUCCGAAGCGUCCGGCCUUGGGACAUGUGAUAAAGCAGCCAGAAAGCAUAGCUGCUCCACCUCCGCCAGGAACAGCCGCACAAGGCCAGCAACAGCAACCCAACUUCAAGGACGACCCGGCCGGGUAUCUGCAACAGCAAACUGCCCUUCUGCACAACACCCUGGGAGUGGGCUUGGAUGUGUCCAAGCCAGUGCCGACUGCCACCGCCACGGCCCGAGCUCUGCCCCAGGAGCCCAUUGUCCACAGCUCCCAGCAACAGCAACUGCAUCAUCAGCAACAGUUCCAGCAGAUGCAGCAGCGCCAGCGGAUCCGACGCCUAUCGCUCUACGGAAAAUGGGAAAACACGGAGUCAUCGCCGACCACUAACUCACAGACAGGAACCCGAGGCCUGCAGGUGGACACGGCAUUUGCCCGACCCCAGACCCCGCUGAUCACAAGCGUGACGAUUGUGCCCGCUCCCCAGGUGUCCCCUGUGUCCACCAGCAUGGCAGCAGAUCUGGUGGAAAAGCGGCCGGAGCAGGUCGGAGCCAUUUCCACCAGCCACGAGAGUCCUAGGCAGAGCCUCUCCUCUCCCACGGACUCCAUUGAUACGGCCAAGAGCACGCCCUCGGCCUCGCCCAAGCCGCAGCAGCAAAUGCAGCCGCAGGUUCUCCAGAUGCGACUGCAGCCCCAGGCGAGUCUGACGGCUCCGACGUCCGUCACCAUGCCCACCCAUCUGCGGGUGAUGCGGCAGCAACAGCAGCCAGCGCAGAUCAUCACCGGCCAGAGGCUGCCGGUCGUAGCCAGCAGCAAUGGAGCAGUGGCUACGAUGACGAGGAGCAUAGUGACGACGACGGCGGGAACAGCAACAGUUACCGGCCGGCCCAUGACCACAACCUUAAGCAGCGCCGCUACAGGAGUGACGCAGUUGCAGUCCAUGGGCGGAGCUCCUGGAGGGGGUCAGUUGAUAAUGACCUCGUCGGGUCAAUUGCUGGUCAUUCCCACGGCCAGCAAGCAAACGGCGCAACAUCACCGCCCGGGUGCCCAGCCGGGUCAGGGAGUGAUCAUCCAGCAGCAUCCUCAACAGGGAACCGAACUGCAUCCGCAGCCAGGAGGUGGCUUUAUUGUCAGUCAGCCCUCCUCUGUGGCCGCAGCCGGGAAUUCGAACGGUAACAGCAGCGGCGGCACCGUGAUUCUCAAUGCUGGUGGCGCCAAGCUUUUGCACCACCAGAUCAUCACCUCGCAGGCGGGCACUGCCGGAGCAGGAUCUCAACCGCAGACUGUGCUGCUGAACACUCUGGCCAAUGGAGGCUACAUUGUGCAACAGCCACAGCAGCAGCCGCAGCAACAGACGGAGCAGAUGCUCACCCUGCAGCAGCCAUCGACGGGGCAGACCCUGAUCAUCAGCUCGCCGGAAGCCAAGCGCCCCAGAGCACGGAAACGCAAGAGCUCCAUGUGCCAUACUCCGCCGCCCAGUGCCUCGCCCGCCAAAACAAUCUCGCCCCAGAUCUCGCCCAGUAUCCCCAGCCAGGCACCCGCUCUGCUCCACCAGCAGGCAGCAGCAGCGGCGGCGGCUGCAGCGGCAGCAGCCUCUACCCCUCAGUUUCCGCAGCAAUUCCAGCUCAGUCCGGGCAUCCAGGGCAUUGUGGUGAACAAGCCCAAUCCCCAGCCGACACCACAGCCAACGCAACAGCUCCUGCUCCAGAAUGGACAGAUUCUACAGCAAGUCAACCUCAUCGGCCAGCAGCUGCUGAUGCCAGCUGGACUGGUGAUGGCCCCAGACACUACUCUGCUGCAGAUUCAGAACAUGCCCACCACCAGUCUGCUGACGCCGCAAGGACCCGUGAUGCUGCGCACUCCCUCGCCGCAGAACAAGCCAUCCUUUAUCUCGCCCAGUGCCGGCGGCCAGCAGUAUAUCGUGGGGGCCAAUGGUCAGCUUAGUCCUAUUGGACAGAUCUACUCCACGCCGAUGGGCCUGGUGAUGCCGACGGGCCAACAGAGCGGGGCCUCCUUCGUGCAGGCCAGUCCUACGACCACCACCAUCCAGAUCCAGCAGCAGCAGGCGUCGCAGCCGACGCAGAUUAGUCUGCAUCCGCCCCAGGCCACCUACGUGACGGAGUCGACAUUGAGUCGUCAGGGAACGGCGGCCAGUCCUCCGGACACAACCACCUGCAGUCCAAGGAGUCCGGAACGCCCCCCAAGUCACAGAAGUACCGGCAGCGACAUGGUUCAAUGUGUCUCUAGCUCGGAGCCGGAUGCUGCCAUAUCCCCACAGAGUGUGGAAAGCAGGCAGUCGCCUUCAUCAACGGACUGUGAGAGGACCACCGUCUUCACACAGCCCAGCGGUAUAUACAAGCACUCGGAGACGAAGAUCAGACGCAUCCACAUAAACUCCCAGGGAACCGCGACAGCCACCGCCCUGGAGAAUGGAUUGGGCCUGACGCAAGGGCAAGGUAUGCGGCUGCCGCACUCUCACAACCAUUCCACAAACGCAUCCAUGUCCAUAACAUCGUCAUCUCCAUCAUCUUCGGCAGCGUCACUAACAACCGUCGCCCCGCGCCACCUGGUGCAGCGCCUCUCAAACCACUCAACCAUCUCCAACACGAACACCUUCCUCCACAGCCAAAAAGUAGCUAACGUUGACUACCAGGAGUCGCCAACCACCACUCAGCUGCUGACACCGAAUCCACCAGCCACUCCAAUCCCAGAGCCACCAGAGAAGCCGGCGGGGAUCAGGACACCAACGAAACGUUCACGGCGUCCGCAAAGAGGGGCGGCUCGUGCCACGCCGACAUCAACUGGGGGUCUGAUGCCGCCGCGCUCGUUCGCCAUUGGGGAACUGAUCUGGGGUCCAGCCAGGGGUCAUCCGGCCUGGCCCGGAAAGAUUGUGAAGAUGCCGGACGGUGUAUGCACGCCAUCGCAGCUUUUCGAUCACGUGUGGGUCCAGUGGUUCGGCGGUGGCGGCCGGUCCACCUCGGAGCUGAUUCCUGUCAACUCGCUGCAAAGCCUGUCCGAGGGCUUGGAGGCGCACCACAAGGCCCAGAAGGAUACCAGAAAGAGCCGCAAACUGAACUCGCAACUCGAGCGGGCCAUACAAGAAGCAAUGACUGAGUUGGAUAACAUUUCAGCCUCCUCGACUCCCCCAGCCACGUCCUCGUCUAGUGGUGGCAUUGCUUCCACGGGAGCAACUCUAAUUGCCGGACAACAGCAAUAUCAGCAGCAGCAGCAACAUCAUCCGCCACAGCAGCAGCAGCAGCAGUCACCACCACAGCCCUCUUCAACGAACAGCAAACCAAAUGGAGUGGCACGGAGCAAGCGGCAGGCCAGCUCGAGUGGGCCCAGUAUGGUGCUGAGCAACGGUACCUCGGCCACGCUGAGUGUCCUCUUCAAUCAGCAGCGGCCCAAGCCGAUACGCAUUGCUCCCGCCCCGCCUGCGACUGUGUCCGCCGUAACGGGAACCGUGACCGGAGCAGGACGGUCGCCGGACACCCUGAAGCUGGCCAAAUGACCAGCCGUGUCGGCGAUGUCGGCGACGGUAACAGCAACACAAACAGUCAACUACAGGCUCGUCAUCGGGCCCAAGCAGUAGAGCCGGGCCUCAUAGGAUCGGAUAGGAUAGAGACUUUCCAUGUACGAGUACUACGAGUAUAGAGCAUAGGGUUUAAGCGUUAGAAGUCAUCCUUGGCCGCAGCUUUGGGGUUUUGUUGUUUAGUAUUGAUUGUUUUCCGGACCCACAGACGAUUCCCUCUGCUUAGUUGCAUUGCCGGGCGGCUCGGUCGGCUCCGUCGGCUCGGGAUGUCAUGCCACACUUUCGAAAUAGACAAUAAAACAGCAAAGAAAAUGUUAAUGGAAAUCAAGUUACAAAGAAUUCAAACAAUAAGCAGGCGAUAGGACCUCUGUUGCUUCUUAGAAGGCAUCCUUCUUGCAGGGAGCGCCCAUUUAUGUUGUUUUGUAAAUAGUAAACAACACGAGCUACGGUUUUUAAUUGUUAAGUAUUUAUUUAUUGCGUAUAGAUCCUUGGUUCUAUAGGUUUUGUUUUCGUUGCAAUUU